GCAGAGCUGAUAAACGGUUUGUUUUCGCCGAAGGAAUCGAGCGUCGCCGUUACUCGCUGCUGCAGCCGCGCUGGUUUUCAACAACGGUUGUAACGUUUAUUUUAUACCUGGUUGGUUUUCGGACAGCGUCGUUCUCAGCUCGCCAUGGCUCUGUGCGGGGUUGUCGGGGCCAUGGCUCUUCCCAGCGAGCUCAUCGUGCACAUUUUCUCCUUUCUCUCCGACCGAGACAAGCUCCGGGCCUCGGCCGUUUGUUCGCGAUGGAGGGAGUGUCUCUUCUACCCCGCACUGUGGACCGAGCUCAAGCUGCGGAUCGGCGGCGGCUGUAACGGCGGCGGUUCCAGCUCCGAGGACACCCCGAAGCUGGAGUUUCUCAUGCGGAAGUUCGGGUCUUUCGUGCGGGAGCUGCAGCUGGAACUGGCACCGGUGGGAAGCUACCUUAGCCCUCUGAACAACGACUCGUCGAACACCAGAAUGGACCAGGUUCCGGGUCCUGAGAGCGACCCGCAGCUGUCGGAGCGAUGGAGAGACGCCAUGGCCACCUAUUUGGACCAGGUGUUGUGCGUGUUCACCAGCAUCCGACAUAACAGAAACCUGAAAAAGCUGAGUCUGUACGGAGACACGUGUAUUCUACAGCAGGAGGGAUUAUUAGACAGCUCUAACCUGCAUCAAAUUCACCAGGGAGACAAAAAGAUCAACGAAAUCCAGCAGUUGUUCAUGGAGUUUCUGUCUAACAGCAGGCAGCUUAGGUAUUUGUCUUGUAGCUUCAUGCUGGGUCUGGUGACUCCCUGCUCCUUAGCUUGUCUAUCCAAUCCUUCAGCUGAGACCCUGCAGCACCUGAGUUUACUGGACCACCAGCUGGGUCCCCUCAUCUCACCAUCAGAGUUGGACCGUCUCUCUAACCUUCAUUCUCUGGCUUUGGAUUUCUCUGACUUGACAUCUGAGCUUUGUGGCCUGCUGGCAUCUCCACACCGAACUCCACUGCAUCGCCUCUCUCUGCUUCUGAAUGGCGCCGCCCUGGAGUUCAAACCAUUAGAAGGGACGGCUACAGAGGACGACUGGAAGACACUGGUUCGUAGAAGCGCUAACCUGCGAGUUUACAUCAUGGCUCUGGAGGUGGGCAGCACAGAGCUCCUCAGGGUCCUAAAGCCUAGCCUUCCAUUGGAGCGCCUCCAGCUAGACAGUUACAGCACACUGGUGACCGAUUCUAUAGUGGAGCUCAUCUCUCAACAGUACAACAAAACACUGACUCAUUUCCUGCUUCUGAGGGAUGACCAGGACUUGCCCGACCUUAGUGUCAAUCGCAAUGAAGACCCCUUGGUUCUGUUGGCAUGGAGAUGUACUCAGCUGGCCGUACUUGUGAUACAUGGUUACACUGUGUGGUCCCACAACCUGGUGGCCAUUUCUCGACUGCGAGGUUCCAGUCUCAAAGUCCUGACCGUUUCGGAGGAGAGCAUCGACUUCGACCCAGACCAGUCAAUAUGCAUGGAAGGCGACCCAGUCCAUAACCUUGUCAUGGAGGUUUCUCUGAGCCUGGGCCGAGUCUGGCACCCUUGUCUGGAUUCCAGCCUGGUUCUGCCUGAACCAACUCAGCACUUCCACCGCGAGCUUCACGUCUUCAGCAUGGGCAUAUCUUUUGAUUCUGGCCAGCCAGCCCAGCGACAGCAGCGGUGACGACGGGCUCACACUUGGUCUCUGUGAGACUGGCGAGACGGCCCCAGUUUUAUCGUGGUACGAAUGUUGUGCAUUUGUUUAAAAUCAGGACAGUUUGCAAUAACAGCAGUCUUACUAGUGGCCACAAAGGGGCACAAGCAGUGCUGACGGCACCUGGCUGCAUCUUUAGAAAACCAUAGAGGAAGAAAUAAAAACUAUAUAAAUAGAUAUAUAAAGUCACACAGUGCAUAUUUGUAUAGGUAUCAGCGAUGCAUUAGCGUGGUAUUCUCUUAUGCAACACGUCCGGGUUCAAUUUAUGAACAUGAAGUAUAUUAUAAAAUCACAGACUUUGUAAAUCCGACGCUGUGUUAUUGUGUGUGUGGUUGUUUUUGUUUUUCAGAAAUAGUUUUGCCAUACUUGAUGUUGAAUAUUCCGAUCAUUAUGUUCCCGUUUGGUUGUGUUGGGUAAAGUGAGCACACAGCAGUGGGUUUUAUCUUGUGUUUGGAUGCAGGGAACCAGACUCCAGCCAGAACACACACACACAGACCACAUGUGGUUCUGUACCGUUCUGCAAUUUUUAAAUCUGACUUGUACAAUGCUUUUAACUGGCCUGAAUUGGGACUGUAUGUUUCAAAUCUAAUGGCUGUGGCUCCACAAACAAACAGGAAGAUUUAUGAGCGGUCUUGCUGAUUUCUAGUCCUAAGCCUUCUGCCCCACUUUACCUGUGCACCCUUGAACUGAUGAAUUUAAGACUCCAAUCAUAAAAUUCUGGCAUGAGAUCUCCUCAGUUGUUUAUUGGAUGAGUCUGCUGGAAAAUAGUCCUCACAAGCUGAAAGAACAGUGUUGAUCCAUGGUUCUGUUGUGGCGAAAUGGGGGGGAGCAUUAGAAACCUCCAUUUAUAACCAUGUUAACUGACAGGUGGUGUACACAUACAGGGUCAACCUACCAAAUGUUGAUUUGAAGAAAUGUUGAAUGAAUGCUUCUCUUCUUUUAGUCAGUGAAUAAAAGCAUUAAAAACA